AUGGCGAAGACGACUGCAGGACAGGCGCUGACGAACGUCCGAGGACAUGUGCACAACUUCACCAGUAGUGCUGGCAAAGAUGAGCAUUACUUCGCCAUAGCAGUGCCGGCCAGGGUGGUGAGGCUCACACCGGAAUCAUGGCUGGACAGGACUACAUGGAGGGUAGGGCUACUGGGAUGUCCCGUGAAAGAGAAUCAUGUAAACUACACAUCCUGUGGGAAAGGCUGGACGAUGUCUGAAGGACGAUGCUACCAGAAGUUUGCCUCCCCGCUUGUCUGGUGGGCUGCGGAGCGGUACUGCCAAUCCCUGGGGGGUCAUCUGGCGGCCGUCAACACGCCACAGGAAAACGAGUUCAUCCGUGACAACAUAGGGAAUGGAUGGAUAGGGAUGAAGAUAGGUGCUGUCUUGAUCAAGAAAGAGAGAGAGAAAAUUGUCAACUUCACUUGGAGCGACGGAAGUCCUGCGGGUGACGCUUUCAGGGAACAGGACAUUUCAUUCGACGGUUUCCCGGAAUACAUUUUGCGGUUAAAUGACCCCUUCUGCGCCUUUCUAGAAGACCACGGUCCAUGGAGCCUUCAGCCUUGCAGCCUGAUUGAGAAGGAAUUCAUCUGUGAGAAAGGUGCGAUAAACGUUGACAAAUGUCCCUGUAUCCGGCAUCCUUCCGUGUCGAUGACUGUGAAACUACCACAACCCAUACUGAGUUAG